AUGGAGAUGGAGGAGGAGAAGGACGAGGAAGCGGCAACCGUGGCCUUGAUGGACCAAGCCCUCGAUGUGGCCAAGGAGGCGCUGGAGAACGGGGAGGUUCCCGUCGGUUGCCUCCUGGUGUACCAAGGCGAGGUCAUAGGGAGGGGCAGGAACGAGGUCAACGAGACAAAGAACGCUACUCGACAUGCAGAAAUGGUGGUAAUUGAUCAGGUCCUUGACUGGUGCAAGCAGCGCAACAGAGAUUAUACAGAAGUGUUUGCAGACUCGGUGCUGUACGUAACGGUAGAGCCUUGUAUCAUGUGUGCCGCUGCCCUGCGCUUGAUGAGAAUUCCACGGGUUGUAUAUGGCUGUCGAAAUGAGCGGUUUGGAGGCUGUGGCUCAAUUCUGAGCAUAUCAUCUGAUGAUAUGGUAAACACAGGAGAACCAUUUGAAUGCAUUUCUGGCUAUCGUGCCAAAGAAGCAGUGGAAUUGUUAAAAGCUUUCUACAGGCAAGAAAAUCCCAAUGCACCAAAAUCAAAAGUACGGAAAAAGGACCAUCGUAAUUAGCCCUACUGUGACAGGAGACAGAAACUUACCAAAAAUGAUACAUGAAGGUUUUUUUCAGCAUCCUUUUUUAAAAUGAACAGUCCAAUUAAAC